AUGUCGUGGCUAAAGGCUGGCCUGCAGAUCGCAGCAGUAACAGCCUUCAACAUCUCCCUCACCAAUCCGAAUCCCUCCGAGUCGACGCGCAAGUCGCUGAAGACGAGCGACUUCAAGAAACCGCGGUUCGACGAUCUGAUCAUACGGGCGCUCGUACCUCUCAGUAAUGUAGGGGCACCCUCUCCGAUUUACUUUCUUCGUAGACUAACCCUAGAUGAACACGAUCUCUGCAAGCUCGCAAUCAUCCUCCCGGUCAUCGCAGAAACGCUCAUCGCCGUAGCACUGUCCUUCCCCUCGUCCCCCUACACCCCCAAAAUCCUCGCUCUGCUGGGGCACAACCCCCUCACAAGCACACCGACACCGUCACCCCUCUACACCGCCGGCGCCGUCCUCACCGUCCUCGGGAGCAUCGCGCGCGUGCACUGCUUCCGCGUACUCGGCAAACACUUUACGUUCAACAUCGGCAUCCUGAAGGACCACGCCCUCGUCACCUCGGGUCCUUAUUCGUACGUCCGGCACCCGAGCUACGCGUGCAUGAUCCUGCAGAUAGCCAGCCUCGUGCUGAUGCACGCUGCCCCGGACUCUGGGGCGGACGCAUGCAAGGCGGUGAGGGUCGCUGUUGCGCUCCUAUGGGGAUUUUCAGCCUCUUGCCUCUUGAAGUUGGCUGUCGAGCGGCCGCCGGUGGAGGACGAGUUCUUGCAUAAGGAGUUUGGCAAGGAAUGGGAGGAGUACUCGAGGCGGGUGAAGUAUAGGUUGAUUCCUGGCGUGUAUUGA